GGCUCCGACCCUGCGUUGCGCUUUUGCAGCAGCGGCCAGCCCUGAAACUGGGGUGUGUGCAGGUGUCCAAGGGUGCGCAUCUGACCCGGGGAGUGAAGCCCCGAGCGCGCGACCCUCCUCAGCCGAGGAUAAGGCAGGGUGCGCGGUGGGCUGAGCCCGCGGCGGGAGCCACCUCGGUCGUCAGUUCUGAAGGCCCUGCUGGGUCCUUAGGCCCCAUGGCGGCGUCAGCGCAGAGGGACCUGGUGCAGAAACAUCAGGCUGAUCAUGUUGUCUCUUGUGGACGGUGAGGAAGAGGAGGCAUGCUCCGUGGUGUUUUGCUUCCUUAGGAAGAAGAAUCAACAAGUCAUCAGCAGAGAAAAAGGGUAGUGGCUGCAGCGGGAAUUUUCAGUGGAAAUAGAAGUUAGGUUUGGGACAUGUUGAGUCUCUAAUGCUCCAGGGACCCUGAGUAGAUCUGAAGAGUGGUUAAACACAGUUACAAUGUUCUAGGGAUGUGUUAAUUGAGGUCGUAAGAGACAAUCUACAACUCAGACAAUGGCCAGACAAUAUGUAAAAAUAGAGCUCUGGCCUCUGAAAAAUAGAGCUCUGCCCAGGAAACCACCCUUUCUUCUCUAAUCAGCAUUGCAGGAAGGAUUGUGAGUCAGACCGGCAGAAAACAAGAUUGCUAUCUCUAGUGACAAGCCAGGAUGUUAGACAAAAACUUCUUUCACAGUUGUCCUUUUUUGAAUGGGCUUGAUUAAUAACAGACCAUUUCUGUAAUUUUUGUUCCUAUGCCCAGUUUAGGACCAACCAGAGAAAGCUAAAGAUGCUUAUAUAACCAGUCUCAUCUGAGGCCCUGUUUCUAGUUAAGGUCCCAACAGACAGCUUCCCAAGCCCCCAGCCCCCAGUCAGAUACGCCUUUCCUCUGUUACAAUGCUCUGCCAGUGCUGGGUCUGCCUUUAAGUCUCUGAGAAACCACCCAUGAUGGUGCCUGAUUCCUUGGCUACAGUAAACAAUGGAUAAACAGCCUUAGCUUCUCUUCUCUGGUUUGUCUUUAUUUCCACAAAACAUCCCAACUGCAGCAUCAUUUUGUGGGCAAGAGUGUAUGUCAGAUUUAAGAGGAUCAAUGUUCAGGUCAUGGUGGCAGCAUCCUAAGAAAAAAGAAUGUGGGCCCAGAGGACUCUGUGCAUAGGAUCUUGCUUGGGCACCAUAUUUGGCUUGUUUAGCAUCAUAAAAACAAAUGAGAAAGAGUGUCAUUGUGUAGGGGAUGUCAGGAUAUAAAGGAAUGUGGCGGGUGGCAAAAUGUAACUAGGAAAUGGAUGCUGUGGCUUGGGAGUCGUGGAGGUACUGCUACCACGUGGCUUUUGUGGCGUCUCACAAUGGAGCUUUUAGUCAGGCUGGGCAAUUAGCAAGGGACAAAUGAGAUUUCUCAGACUUGCAGGGAAACAGAGAGGAGUGGGGAGAGAAAGCACAGAGGGACCAGGAUCCCCAUAUGCCUCUCAGGAGCAAGCCUACCAUGACUGAACUUCCUCCAGUUAGUCACAGGUCCUAAAGGUUCCUCCAUCUCCGGUACAACCACAGCCAGGGGUCCGGGCCUUCAGCAUGUAGGACUUGGGGUACAUGUCACAUUGGGGUAGGAGGACCAGAGGGGUUGCCUUUUGAAUACUUGUGAAUGAUGAAGGGAGAGUGUGCAACACAGAAGAAUGCCAGGAUGUCUGGCACCUGUGUGUGCUCGAUGUGGUUUAAAGCCAGGAAGAAGGUCAAGUGGAGAGGCCUCCAAAGCAAAGAUGAGUGUUACCCCUGGCAGUGGGCACCAUCAAAGGCCCGGGGCAGAAUGGUAUCAUGCUCGUAUUGGCCAGGCUGGCUCCAAGUACAGUGUACAAAGUGACACCCAGGAGUCCACAAAACUGGCUGAGAGGCAGGCAAGGAUGGGGAGAAGGUAGCUGUGACCAUGGGAGUGCAGAACAAGGUCUGGAACUGUAAGGAAGGUGCAGGACAAAGAAUGAGGUACAAAUAGGAACGGGCCUGGACAGGAAACUGAGGAUGAAAACCAAGCCCUCCCUGGAUUGUAUCUAAGAAGCACGACAUUGCAAAUUUAGGAGAAGGGGCCAGAAGAGCAGGGGUCGGGCCCUACACUUCAGGCCCAGACCUCAGAUGGCAACCGGCUGUCCUCCUGCCUGUCCUGCUGUAGGCUGACAGGGUGAACGUGUGAGACGUGAGAAAAAAAGCCAGGGCUAAUGUUACCAGGACUGGUGUUUCCUCGGAGCUCGGAAGAAGGUGACAGAGAGGGGAAGUAGGGAAUGGAGAGGGAGGCCCGAGGAGAGAGGCUGACCGUGGAAUGAACUGUCCCCAUCACGGCAGGGCUGUGUGACCUUUGAAGACGUGACCGUUUACUUCUCCCAGGAGGAGUGGGGGCUGCUCAGCGAGGCACAGAGACUCCUGUACUGCGAUGUGAUGCGGGAGAACUUUGCACUCAUAGCCUCUCUGGGGCUCACGUCUUUCAGGUGCCAUGUUGUUGCCCAACUCGAAAUGGGGAAAGAACCCUGGGUGCCUGACAGAGUGGCUAUGACUUCAGCGAUGGCAAGGGGGGCUUUGGGCAGAUCUGGCUCUGAUUUUUUCUGUGGAACAGAGGGUAAGGUGUUACCUUCUGAGGAAAGUAUUUCUGUACAAGGAAUAUCUCAGGAUGGGAAUCCCAAGACAGCUCUGUCUAUGCAGAAGACCUACUCCCGUGACACAUGUGGCCCAUGCCUGGAAGACAUUCUGUGCCUGGCUAAACACCAGACAGCUCAUGCCAGGCAAAAGCCCUUCAUGUAUAAGACAAAUAGGACAGGGUUCAAGUUCAACACAAACCUUGCCCAGCAACAGGUGCAGAAGAAUGCAGACAAGUCUGCCAAAAGGGAGAAGGAAAAGGCCUUCCCUGGGAAGACAUGCACAGACCACACGUCACAGAAGCCUUCUAUGUGUGGGGAGGAGAGGGAGGACUUUGUGGCCACAUCAGGCUUUGUGCAGCUCACUCACAGUGUGGAGGAGGCACACAAGAAUUCUAAAUGUGCCUUAGAUUCUCCCACUGCCCCAAAACAUAACAAGAGCGGUCAAUCUAGGGAUGCUUUCAGUGACACAUCCACACUUGUUCGUCAACAGAGCAUCCGCACUGGAGAGAGGCCCUAUGAAUGUAGCAAGUGUGGGAUAUUCUUUAGCGAUGCCUCCAGCCUCAUGCAACAUCAGAGAGUUCACAAUAGAGGAAAACCUUAUGAGUGCUGUGAGUGUGGGAAAUUCUUUAGCCAGCACUCUGGUCUUGUGAAACAUCAGAGAGUUCACACUGGUGAAAGCCCCCACAUGUGCAGUUACUGUGGAAAAUUCUUUAGCCGAAGCUCCAAUCUCAUCCAACAUAUGAGGGUCCACACCGGUGAAAAGCCGUAUGAGUGCAGCGAGUGUGGGAAAUUCUUUAGCCAGCGUUCCAACCUCAUUCAUCAUAGGAGGAUUCACACAGGUAGAAGUGCUCAUGAAUGCAGGGAAUGUGGGAAAUCUUUUAACUGCAACUCCAGUCUGAUCAAGCAUGGGAGAGUUCACACUGGCGAAAGACCUUAUAAGUGCCAUGAAUGUGGGAAAUUCUUCAGCCACAUUGCCAAUCUCAUUCAACACUAUAUAGUCCACACUGGUGAACGGCCUUUUGGGUGCAGUGAAUGUGGGAAAACCUUCAGCCGAAGCUCUGACCUCAUGAAACAUCAGCGAGUUCACACUGGUGAACGGCCUUAUGAGUGCAUUGAAUGUGGGAGGCUGUUUAGCCAAAGUUCCAGCCUCAAUAGUCAUAGGAGACUCCACACUGGUGAGCGACCUUAUCAGUGCAGUGAAUGUGGCAAAUUCUUUAAUCAAAGCUCCAGCCUCAGCAACCAUCGGAGGCUUCAUACUGGUGAACGGCCUUAUGCGUGCAGUGAAUGUGGGAAAACCUUCAGACAAAGGUCUAAUCUGAGGCAGCACCAGAAAGUUCACAAGCCAGACAGGCCUUAUAAAUGCAAUGAAUGUGGCAAAGCCUUCAGCCAAAGGCCCACCCUUAUUCGGCAUCAGAAAAUUCACAUGAGAGAAAGAAAUGUGCAUCCUUCUUGUUCAGCACAGAUGCACACGUCAGAGGAAGGCUGUGAUAGUGGACUUCAUGAAGGUGUGUCAACCAGAUGCUGAGCCUCGUUCAUCCAUGCGGUCACACUAGGGUGAUUCCCUAUUAUAGCCAGAUGUGAUGGAUGUUUUCAGGAGCUAAGAUAUAUUUAUAUAUUAUAUCACUGCUAGAAGCCAUCUCAGCUCUGCCUACUCUGUAGCCUCCAAAGUGUGUCAGCUACUCCACUAUCUCAAGAAAAGCAGUCUUCUGUUUUCUUUCCAGUUUUUGAAGGGAAUCUCAGGUUCCUGAGACCAUAGGAAGAUGUCAAUCCUCCCCAUGACUAGUCUAGCUAUGGACAUAACCCAUCUUUGUCCCUGAUGACCUAAAUAGGGGGUCUGCUGGCAGCUUACUGUGAGUGUUUCUUUUUCAGGGACAUGAAUCGAUCUAAUGUAAUGUUUGUGAUUUAUCCAUCCUCCAUGUGACCCCACGCAACUACCCACUGUGCAUUGUUCUGGUUUAAGUGAUAUUAGGGGUGUUAACGACAAGCCUGUCUUUAAUCUUCCAUGUUGUGAUUACUGUGAGGAGUGGAUUGAGAACACUACUAAAGUCUACUAAACUAAAGGGUGGAUAGCCCUUGUGUGUACCUCCAAAUCGAACGCCUUAGAAGUGGCACUAGGUUGGCAGAGAGCAACUCUCGGCCCAAAUUUGGCCUUAUGUGCGUUACUAACUGAGGUGGGCCCAUAAUUUGUAUAGAAACACACAGUGUAAUUAUAGGGAGGUUGAUGGAGUGUUGCCAAAUGUAAUUUUCUAAAAUGAGUGAAUGGUCAGGAAUUUAUGUGCAACAUUUUCUUUUAAUAUUUUGUUUAAAACUUAACAUAAAAUAUAAAUAUAAUUGAUGUGUGAUAAUUUCCAGUAUGUAUUUGAUAUACACAAUUAGACACGUUCUGAAAUAUGUAUACACUCAGGGAACCAACACCAUAAUCAUGAUAAUGAAAUAUCUAUCCAUCACUGUGAAAGCCACCUCCUGGCCAUUUAUAAUCGUUCUUUGCCUUCUCAGGAAACCAUUAAUCACAUCCCAGGGAAACCAUUGAUUUAAUUUUUUUAUUAUAGAUUUGUUUACCUUUUCUACAGUUGUGUACAGUUGUAAUCCUAUAGUAUUUAUACUCUUGUGGUCUAGUUUCUUCACCCAGCAUAAUUAUGUUGACUUUCUAAAUUAUUUUAGCUAUUAACAAGAGAGAAUGUUUAUAUGUGAAAGCACAAUUAUCUUGAGAUUCUCUGUGCUAUGUAUAUGGUUAUUUUGAACUUUUUCUGGUAAAAUAUAAUAUAAAAUUUAUAGUGUUAACCAUUUCCAAGUGCACAGUGCAGUUCUAUUAAAUAUGUUCAUAUUGUUUACAACCGUCACCACCAUUUACCUCCAAGUCUCUUCAUUUUGUAAAACUGGAAAUAUAUGUUGAUUAAACAAUAACUCCACAUUCUUUCCCCACCCUUGGCCCUGAAAACCACUUUUUUUUAAUUGGUACUGGGGAUAAAACUCAGGACCUUGUGCUUGCAAGACUGGCGCAGUGCCACUGAGCUACAUCCCUGGCCUGACUAUUCUGUUUUGUCUGCUUGAAUUUGACUACUCUAAAUACCUCACAGAAGUGGAAUCAUAAAUAUCCAUGUUGUUGUGGCUAGAUUAUUUCAUGUA